CUUGUGCUUUAAAUGCAGACUGUAAUCUGGUGACUGAGCCGACAGGCAGGCUCGGACUCCCUCUCUCUUGAAAAUUCCGGCACCCAACACCUUUCUAUAUGAGAGAUUGAUUAAUUCCGCACCCAACCCACAUACGCCUCCGCCAAGAGACGCCCGGGGCGAAGACGCAGAAAUGGAGAAGAUCACGGAUAAGAUCGCCGCUCUGCCGGCCGACUCGACGUACUUCUCGCUCGAGUUCUUCCCGCCCAAGACCGCAAUGGGCUUCUCGAACCUGCGUUACCGUCUCGACCGCAUGGCGCGCGCUUUGCGGCCCCUAUUCGUGAACGUGACCUGGGGUGCAGGAGGUUCGACGGCCACCAAGUCGCUCGAGCUGGCCGAGAUCUGCCAGAGAGAGCUCAAUUUAACCACCUGUCUCCAUCUGACCUGCACAAACAUGAGCCGCAAGUUGAUUGAUGGGGCGUUGGAGGAUGCGAAGGCCCUGGGCGUGCGGAACAUCCUAGCCUUAAGAGGCGACCCCCCCCGAGCUGCCGAGUAUCAAGACCCGAACAAGAGCCCGGAUGAUGCCAUUGAUGAGACCUUCACACGGGCCAUCGACCUCGUGCGGUACAUAAGGAAAACGCACGGCGACUAUUUCUGUAUCGGCGCAGCCGCCUAUCCCGAGGGCCACACCGACGAGAGCCACCCCCUAGGGCAGAGUCUCGAGCAAGAUCUCCCCUCCUUGGUCGAUAAGACGUUAGCGGGGGUCGAUUUCCUCAUGACGCAGCUGUUCUUCGAUUCCGACGCCUACGACAAGUUUGAGCGAACCCUGAGAGAACACCCCAGCGGCGCCUUCAAGACCAUUCCCAUCAUCCCCGGGCUGAUGCCUAUCCAGGGCUACCAGAUGAUCAAGAGGACGACGAAGCUGAGUCACGCCAAGGUGCCCGACGCCAUCAUGUCGCGGCUGGAGGCAGUCAAGAUGGACGACGAGAAGGUCAAGAGCCUCGGCGUGGAAAUCCUAUGUGAGAUAGUCGAGAGGGUUAAAGAGAUCACGAGCAGAACGCCCGGGCCCAGGGGGUUCCACUUCUACACCCUGAAUCUCGAAAAAGCGGUAUCGUUCAUCGUCCAGAAGACGAAUCUGAUACCCCCUAGUACGCCCGUAGAGGAAGAAGCGGUCGUUGAUGAGAUCACUACGAAGAUACCCACACUCCAGGUCAACGGCUUGUCUGACCACGACCGCCUGUCCCGGCCUCGGGAAAAUAGCUCUCGGCGGGCCUCCAAUGUGGGUUCCGAGCCGCGCAAUCGCGUCAUCGUCUCCGGGCGUUCGAUAUCGCACCCCGAGUACGAGGCAACCUCGGCCGAGGCGAGCAUCCCCGCCGAGCCCAUCAACAGCCGCGCCAACACCCUCGCCAUCUCCGAGGGCGAAGGCGUCCUCGGCCGCGAGGCCACCUGGGACGACUUCCCCAACGGCCGCUGGGGUGACGCUCGCUCACCGGCCUACGGCGAGAUCGACGGUUACGGCCCCAGCCUCCACGUUUCUCACGCGCAAGCCAUCAGUCUCUGGGGCUACCCGACGCAGAGGGACCACAUCAGCGACCUGUUCGUCCGCCACCUGCAGGGUGACCUCGCCGCCAUCCCCUGGAGCGAGGAGGAGUUCAACGAGGAGACGCGCACCAUCUCUUCGGAGCUUUUGCGCAUCAACCGGAAAGGCUGGUGGACCGUCGCGUCGCAGCCCGCCGUCAACGGCCUGCGCUCCAACGACCCGACCUUCGGCUGGGGCCCACAGAACGGCUUCGUCUUCCAGAAGGCUUUCGUCGAGUUCUUCAUCCCCGAGAGCGAGUGGCGUAUCCUGCUCGAGCGCCUCCAGUCGGCCGAUGUCCAAAACACCGUCUGCUUCUACGCCGCCAACGCCUCCGGCGACUUCGUCUCCUCGGACGAGACGGGCGGCCUGGCCGGCGAGGCGGUCCGAGAGCCGAGCACCAACGCCGUCACCUGGGGCGUCUUCCCCGGCAAGGAGAUCAUCACGCCUACCAUCAUCGAGGAAGUCAGCUUCCGGGCCUGGAGCGAGGAGGCCUUCGGCAUAUUUGGCGAGUGGGCUCGGGUCUAUAACAAGGGAUCCGAGAGCGAGAAGCUGCUCGACGAGGCCCGUGCCGACUCGUGGCUCGUUAACAUCAUACACCAUGACUACGUGGACCCGGAUGCGCUGUGGAAACUUCUCCUAAAUUAAAACGUAGCGAAGACGUUGGCGAACGCAGUAAACCAAAAUAAAAAUCUGUACACGCGUACACAGCUUAGCGGGUGCGGACUGGGGGUACGUGACUUUGUAGGCGAAGCAAGAAGGACCGGUA